CUGAAUAUCAGGGUGUAGAAGGAAAAAGAAAUUCGCAGAGGUUGGUCGUCACGGAAGCUCGAUAAAAGCCACACUGAGAUGGGUAAAGUUUCUGAGCUCCGACCUUCGGCAUGUCUGCCUGUGAUACAGUUUUUAAUUGUGCUGUCAUCCGCAGCUUUAGUAUUGUGUUGUUUAGAAGACGUUCAUCCAGGGACUUGUACUUGUACACCUUUUGGCGAUAGUCGAACUAUCGUGAAGUGCUCUGGAAUUACACAGGUGCCUGAUGAUUUGCCAUCGAAUACAGUGAUAUUGAAUCUUUCAGGUAAUCAUCUGACGUCUAUCAAAGAGGAUGCGUUCACAAACCUGACGUUGCUUAAGAAUGUAGAUCUUUCGUGGAACGAUUUGAGGUCAGUUCCAAAGAACACCUUUCGAAAUUUGACGCUGCUUGAGACAAUGCAAGUAGAGAAUUUCUUUUUUGAGAAAAAUACUUUAAUGAGAGGAGAAAUCAAGGAAGCAAAUGCAAAGGAGCUGCGUGUACUUUUUCAGCUUGAAUUUCCAUAUCUAAA